GGUCCCUAAACGAACCACCGGGUGUAAGAGAAGCGGGACGGCAGAGAGCCGUUGACCAAAAUCAGCCUAUCUGUGUCGGCCUGAAUCCGCGGGGCGCGAAUAUCCAACCUCCAACCUAACACUAACUUGAUCGCCGUCUUGAAUCUUUUGUGCGCUACCUUAUUUUAAACUCGCCGUUUCUUUUUCCGGUUGUUACACCAAAACUAGCCAGCGUCCAAAGGUCCUCCAGCGCUGUCACUAAGGGCCGACAUUUAAAUCCAGUUUGCAAGAUGCCUUCUGCAUGGGACAGUGUUCUCUCUGUGCACCGGUGGAUAGUGGAGAAUGGAGACAAAAGGACGGACCCCUGGCUGCUGGUCUACUCCCCCAUCCCGGUGUUGCUCAUCUUCCUGGGUUACCUCUGUGUGGUCUGGGUCGGUCCUCGUCUGAUGAAAAACCGGCAACCUGUUGACCUAAAAGCGGUUCUCAUUGUUUACAACUUUGCCAUGGUUGGCUUGUCUGCAUUCAUGUUCCAUGAGUUCCUGGUCACAUCGUGGCUCUCAAACUACAGCCUAUUCUGUCAGCCUGUGGAUUACAGCACCAGUCCGCUGGCCAUGAGGAUGGCCAUGGUUUGUUGGUGGUUUUUCUUCUCUAAGGUCAUAGAGCUCAGCGACACGCUCUUCUUCAUUUUGAGGAAGAAGAACAGUCAGCUGACCUUCCUUCAUGUUUACCAUCAUGGCACCAUGAUCUUCAACUGGUGGGCAGGAGUGAAGUAUGUAGCUGGUGGACAGUCUUUCUUCAUCGGCCUUGUGAACACCUUCGUUCACAUCGUCAUGUACUCUUAUUAUGGCCUGGCUGCCAUCGGCCCUCACAUGCAGAAGUACCUUUGGUGGAAGAGAUACCUCACCUCUCUGCAGCUGCUGCAGUUCCUUCUCUUCCUCCUUCACACUGGCUACAACCUGUUCACCGAGUGCGACUUCCCAGACUCUAUGAACAUAGUGGUGUUCGGUUACUGCAUCACCCUCAUCAUCCUCUUCAGUAACUUCUAUUAUCAGAGCUACUUCCACAAGAAGCAGAAAUGAGGCAACAUCAAAACUCUCCGGCUUUUUCAGGAAGUGCUGACGUGAUGGGGUAACCUAGCGUCACCAGUAGAGAGCUGCAGUUGUUUUCCCAUCCACUAGAGGGCACCACGUACCCACAAAUUUGAAGGGUUUUUCCUCAGUGCGCAAUUACAUUCACAAACAAUGUGAACUGGUUGAAUCCUCACUGUGAUUUUUAUUUUCUUAAAUGACACUCAAAUGGUUGUUGUAAACAAACUGUACAUUUUAUACACAUAAUAAUAUUAUUAUUAAUAAUAAUAAUAAUAAUAAUAAUAGGAGGCUGGUUGUCUCUGAAGUAUUACAGGACUAAUGAGCCAGAAAACUCCAUUAGAGAUAAAUUCAAAGGCAGAAUAAAACACUUCACACUUACAGAAAUGCAACUUUUUUUCCACUGAUAAAAACAUCACAGCAAAAUAGCAUAUUUUACACUUCACAAAUAAUGGAAGAUGUAGAUUACGGAAAAAACUAUUAUUUUCAGAUGUCGUGCACAUCUUGGUGUUUAUUUAAAAUUCAUACAUGAAAACCAAGGACAGAGUCUGAUUCUGCUGUAAUUAGCACCAACAUCAAAUUCUGUUAAGGAUGAGAUGAUUGUCUAUGUGAAUGUAUGUUUAAAAUUUCCCUCUUUAGUGUUGAAAUGUCUGUGAACCAUAUGGUUCACGUGGCUUUCACUGAUGCAGCUGAAAAUGUACCAUUAAAAAAAAAAAAAUGUAUAUAUAUAUAUAUAUAUAUGCAUUUUAUUUUGCUAGACAUUGUCAAGUUUAUUGCAAGGUAAGAUUAAAUUGGCUGAGCUGCCUUUGAAAACCGGUUUAACAGCAAGUUGAGGACGAAUUGUUUCUUUGCAACUAUUAUCACUUAAUCACAGUUACAGUACCCCACAAAAGUGUCAGUACCCAAUAAACAUUUUUUAAUUUUA